AUUGACAUAAGGUCAUCAACAAAGUUCAACUGGAACAGACUACAACUAAAAUCGUGUCUUGGUGGCUGGCGCAGAUAAAGCCUGGAGUAUAAUAAUACACGGCAUUGUAUUCAAAAUGGCCUUACAAGACUCUGAGGUGACUCACCUGAUCAAAACUACCGAGGAGAUCAAAGGGAAAAUGGUUCAAAAUAUGACCAAACUAGAAGAAAGACAAACCAACUUAGAAAAGCUUGACGACAAGGCUAAAGCACUAAAGGAGACAGGUGAUGAAUUCAAAAAAGGUGCGACUAAGGUUCACGAGAAAAAGAAGUGGGAACAUUACAAGUUAUGGAUGAUUCUGAUAUCCAUCAUUGCUAUAAUCAUCAUUGUCAUCAUUGUCGUAGCAACACUGAUUGCUUUGUUUGUUACGAAGCCCUGGGAGAAGAAACACUAACAGUGAUACAUUAUUUACAGAUGUAUAGAGAUCUAGUAUAUAAUAAUUAUUACAUCCAUGUACUUGUGCAUCCCCAUAAUUAGAGUUUUCAGUUUUCAGUACAGAUAUUACCAGCUUAAGUUUCUCUUUGCAAAUGCUGUAGUUUUUAAAUCAGUUCAUGAAUUCAGCAACAUGUUUUGUCAACAUCACUGAAUGAUCAGUUGGACUAAAAGGAAAGAGAACUGUAGAUCUAUUGUCAUUAACUUCCUCUGUAUUUUAUAUUUGUAUAAUUGUUAUUAAUAGUCAUUUGAGUAUAACUA